CUACUGUUGCUGACUUCGGGAUUCGGAGAGGUUAGAGCUGAGAUCAGCUGAUUGUGAGAUGAGAUUUCUUUUCCGAUCCUUAAGUUUACUGCGGUAUCUUUGAAUCGCAUGCGUUUUCUUAUUUUUAUUAUUGUUUAAUUGAUUAUUUUUAUCAUAAUUUAUGUGUUGUUACUGGCAAUAUACUGUGUAGUUGGGUGUUGACCAUAAUAGAAUAGUUGUGAGGAAAAAUAUUCCUUCGUUUAACCACGUGCUGUUUGACCAAUUGAGGUUAUGUAACCACGCGAUUCACGUGUAAAUGUCUGUUUAACGUGAAAUGCAGUAAUUAGUUUUUCCCGCCAACAAUACAUAUAUGCAAUAUAGCAAUAGGAUUAAGUUUUUUUUAAAUUAUGGCAAAAGUUAAACGAGUUGAGAGUGGUUGGAAACAUGUAACGUUGGAAGGCUCUUUACUGUCCAACGGGAUAGAAGGGUUAAUUGGAAUAGAGGAGUUGACGGAUUAUAGUUUAGAGCGGAGCAGCAAAAAAGGCAAAAUCGUAACAACAAAAGUGAAUUCUGUUGAGAAAAACAAAUUAGCGUCAAAGCGUAAACGUCCAAAGAACCAGAAAGAAGCUGAUGUUGAUAAUAUUGAACCUUCGGCGAAGAAAUCGAAGAUUAAGAAAACAAAAUGCACAAAGAAAAAGACUAAGAAGACAGUAAAGUCAGCAGACUUAGAAAGCAUCGAUCAACAGACUGAUUCUGACAGUAACAAUGAUUCACACUGUGAUAUAAACAGUAAUAGAAGUUUGACCGAGAUAGCUGAAAUAUGGAGCCCCCUGGGUGUUCCUAUUGCUAUAAUAAGAGCUCUAGCUGAACAGAAAUUUUCUUCUCCCACUAUGAUACAAGUGCGAACGUUACCAGCUGCUAUAUUAGGUCGCAGGGAUAUAUUAGGUGCUGCUGAAACUGGUAGCGGUAAGACUUUAGCAUUUGGUAUUCCGAUUAUAAAAGGCAUCAUGGAUUUGAUGGGACAGACUAAAGGACAGGAGUUUGAGAAUCACUCAACUAUGUGUGCAUAUGAGGGAAAGCGUGAUCAUUGUAGUAUUCCAAUCAAGCCUUUGUAUGCAUUAAUACUGACGCCUACUCGUGAAUUAGCAGUUCAAAUAAAGAACCAUCUUGAUAAGGCAGCACAAUACACAAAUGUUAAAAUAGCUAUUGUCGUUGGAGGCAUGGCGGCAGAGAAACAAAAAAGGAUAUUAAACGAAAUUCAUCCCGAAAUUGUCAUUGCCACACCUGGAAGACUGUGGGAAUUAAUUCAAGAAGGCAACUCUCAUCUCAGUCAAAUAGAUUCUAUCAGGUAUUUAGCUAUCGAUGAGACAGAUAGAAUGUUGGAAAAGGGUCAUUUUCAAGAAUUGCAUGAUCUGUUGGAAAAGAUAAAUGCAAAUUCAGCGAAGGUACAGAAACGGCAGACGUUUGUUUUUUCGGCCACGCUGACGUUGGUACACGAUCUCCCAGAUUAUCUUGACAGAAAGAAGAAGCGAUACGCCAGGAGUAAAAUAUGUAAACUCACCCCCGAUCAAAAGUUGCAAAAAAUUAUACAAUUGUUAAAAAUGAAGAAUCCUAAAGUCGUUGAUAUUACAAGAGAGACAGGUACUGCCGAAACCUUAAUGGAAUGUCGAAUAGCGUGCACAAUUGACCAUAAGGAUUAUUACCUUUAUUACUUUUUAAAAAAGUACUGCGGAAGAACGUUAGUAUUUUGUAACAGCAUUGGCUGCGUGAAAAGAUUGGCCACUCUUUUCAGUAUACUUGAAUGCAAACCUUUACCUCUACACGCUAAUAUGCAGCAACGUCAACGUUUAAAAAAUCUUGAAAGAUUUCUAGCUGAUGAAAAUGGAUUGUUGAUAGCCACGGACGUAGCUGCGCGAGGUUUAGAUAUACCUAAUAUAGAGCAUGUGAUACAUUACCAAGUUCCCAGAACAGCUGAGAAUUAUGUACAUAGAAGCGGUAGAACAGCGAGAGCACAGAACGAAGGUAUCACUGUUCUAAUGAUGGAACCUUCUGAAAAACAAUAUUACACCAAAUUAUGCAAAACUCUCGGACGUACGGAUGAUUUGCCUAUAUUUCCGGUGGUAGACAGGCUGCUAAUCGCCAUAAAAGAAAGAGUGGACGUUGCUCGCGAUAUUGACAAGCUAGAAUUGAAAUCUCGUCGGCAGAACAAUCAGAAGGGUUGGCUACAAAAAGCGAUGGAGGACAUGGACAUGAUAUUGGACGAGGAGGACGAUAAUGAGUCAUCAACAGAAUCGGAAGAAAGAGCGGCGUUGAGGCGACAUUUGAAGGCAAAGAAAAGUCAACUGCGAUUUUUAUUAUCAAAACCAGUAUUCCCGAAAGGAUUCUCGGGAAAAUAUUAUGAUGAUAAUUUGACUAUAGAUAUGACUCAGGAUGCACAAAAGGCUAUCGAAGUGAUGAAAAAAAGUAAUAGCAAAUAAUACUGAUAAAAAUAAAGAUGACAACGCCGCAUUUUCGAAGAGACAACACGCGCAAAAUUCAAGAAGAUCUAAGAAAGUUAAAAAAGACAAAAAAAUAUAUUUUUUUUGUUCAUACAAACAGAA